UGUUCUUUGCAACACCGUGUCCGCUUCCGGUUAAUGAGGACACGUCACUCAUUCAACUGAGGAAGAGAACCUGUGCAUCGCCCGCUUGUUAACCUAGUUUUGUACAAAUUAGACAGAAAAAUCAUGUCUAAUUCGGUCAUAUCUGUUAUUUCCCGGUUCCUGGAGGAGUACACCACCACGACCCCCAACAAACUGAAGGUGGUGGAUGCUUAUCUCCUCUACAUCUUGUUGACAGGAGCGCUGCAGUUCCUCUACUGUCUGCUCGUUGGCACCUUUCCUUUCAACAGCUUUCUGUCCGGAUUCAUCUCAUGUGUGGGCUCUUUCAUUCUCGCAGUGUGUCUUCGCAUCCAGAUCAACCCACAGAACAAAGGGGACUUCCUGUCUAUCUCUCCGGAGAGAGCCUUUGCUGACUUCCUGUUCGCUCACACUGUCCUCCAUCUGGUUGUAAUGAACUUCAUUGGUUGAAAAAGACGUGCAUCUGAUUCCCAGCGUUCCCCUCUCAAAUGAUCACAAGACAUGUUACCAAAAUCCCCUUGGAGAUGUGAUGCAACAUUUUGUGCCACUGAUUCGGAGAGGCUCAUCCCACCAGAAACACUGAAUUCGAUGCAUAACGACAAAUAUAAGGCAGUUCAGUUUUCUUACUAAUAAUGGUUGAUUUGUUUAUUCUUUUUUUAAUGUCAAAUUUGUAAAGCAUUCCUUUUUGCACUGAGGAGAAAUAAAAACAUGAAAUGUGA